UCUCUCUCCCUCCCACUGAGAGAGGGAGAGAGAGAAAGAGAGAGAGGGAGGGAGAAUGAAAGAGAGAGAGGGAGAGUCGCAUGCAGAGCGGAGCUGGGAGGAGAGGCAGAGCAGCACAGAGCUGUCACGCUGUGAGGAUUGAGCGCCGAGUCAUUUGAGUUUUUCUUUCGGAACCCCUCACGACCCCUCACAUAAUCAUCAACACACAGAUGGUCCAGUGUGUGUGAGUGCUGUUCCUCAGAGCGAGUGCUGAGUCAGGUUCAGGACCCAGACUCUUUUGGACUGUCACAGAGUUUGGAUUCAGCCUCGUUGGGAUUUGGGCUCAGGAUCCCAGACUUUGGAUUCUGAUUGUGUGUGUGUUGUUCUUGCCACUGAGACUCUGAGUCCAGAGCAGUGUGUGAGUGAUGAGGAGGAUGGCUUUGCUGGUGACACAAGUCCUCCUCGCCCUGCUCGGGGUCACGUUAACGGAGGCAUGGAGAACAUCACAACCCAGACUGCAGUUCACGUAUUCCGAGCUGAUUCAGAACAGCCGUCUGCUGACGUUGCCCCUAGUGGCUGGAGACAUACACUCCCUGAUGCCUGAUGAAGAUGGGAGACGCCUGUACAUAGCCAUGAAAGAUAACCUGCUUUCCACCAGUCUGGAUGACAUAACUCAGAAUCCACGCAAGCUGUACUGGCCAGCCAGUCCGAACCGUGUCCAAGAAUGUCUCAUGGCGGGAAAGGAUCCAGAGCUGGAGUGCGCAAACUUUCUACGAGUUCUUCAGCCUUUUAAUCAGACUCACCUCUAUGUGUGUGGAACUGGAGCCUUCAACCCUCGCUGUGCUUAUGUGGCUACCAGCAUCUUCCAUCAGUCAGAACAUCAGGCGUUAUACGACAGACAGACCGAGUGCGGGAAGGGAAAAUGUCCCUAUGACCCUUUCCAGAAAACAGCGUCCGCUGUCAUUGACGGAGAACUGUAUGCAGGCAUCACGUCGGACUUCAUGAGUCGGGACUCCGCCUUCUUCCGUAGUCUUGGAAGACGUCAUGUCAUCCGCACUGAGCAGUACGACUCCACCUGGCUGCAGGAUGCCCAGUUUGUGCGGGUAGCGCCGCUGUCUGAAACUGAUAACCCGGAGGACGAUAAGGUCUACGUGUUCUUCACCGAGCGCGCUCAGGAGGCAGAGGGGGCUGCUGGGAAAGUACUCUACUCGAGAGUGGCACGAGUCUGCAAGAAUGAUAUUGGUGGUCAGCGAAGUCUGGUUAAUAAGUGGAGCACCUUCCAGAAGGCUCGCAUGGUGUGUUCAGUUCCUGGACCAGACGGACUGCAGACGCACUUCGACCAGCUACAGGACAUCUUUAUCCUUCACGGAAAAGAUAAGAAGAACCCCCUCAUCUAUGGCCUGUUUACAACUUCCAGUGACAUUCUGAACGGCUCUGCUGUGUGCGUAUACCGAAUGGAAGAUGUGGUUCGGGCUUUCAAGGGCGACUUCCUGCAUAGGGACGGGCCUCAGUAUAAAUGGGCAGAGUUUACAGGCAAGGUGCCCUACCCACGACCAGGAACUUGUCCCAGCAGCACUUAUGGAAGCUACAGCUCGACCAGAGAGUAUCCCGACGACGUCAUCUUCUUCAGCAGGACUCACCCACUGCUGCAGGAACAUGUUCUGCCUCUGGGAGAGCGCCCCCUCUUGGUUAGGGUGGGCGUUCACUACAAGUUCAGCAAACUGCAGGUGGACAGAGUGGAGGCCGUGGACGGCACCUACGACGUCCUCUUCAUUGGCACAGACUCUGGAGUGGUCCUGAAGGCGAUCCACCUGCCCCGAGAGCACGGUCAAGGUCAGGAGGUCACUCUGGAGCAGCUGCAGGUCUUUCAGCACAAAUCAGCGGUGACAGCCAUGACGCUCUCAAAGAAAAAGCAGUGGUUGUUUGUUGGCUCCAGGGAGGGCGUGGCCCAGCUGGCCCUGUAUCAGUGUGAGCUCUACGGUCAGGCCUGUGCUGAAUGCUGCCUGGCCAGAGACCCGUACUGCACCUGGGACGGGCAUGCCUGCAGCCCCUACAUGCCCACCGUGCGCAGGAGGAACGCUCGUCACUUAGGGGAGGACGAAGACCCGCUAACUCAGUGUGUCAGACAAGGAGCCGGAUUGCAGGUGGAGGCGGAGCAAAGAGUGAUGAUGGUUGCCGAGGGUAACAGUACGUACCUGGAGUGUCUGCCUCGGUCCAGACACGCUGCUGUUACCUGGUACAAGCAGGCUGGAGAGAACAGUCCAGAACUGCACCAGGUGGUCACAGGUGAGCAGAUGGUGGUGAUUGAGCGCGGCGUCCUGAUUCGCCGGGCAGAGCUGUCUCACAGCGGCGUCUACCACUGCCAGGUGGAGGAGCACGGCUACCACUGGACCGCCGUCACUGUGCGGCUCGCCGUCUGGAGCCCUUUGGCCAAUCGCUUCCUCUCCUCCUGGUCUGGCUCCUCCUAUCAGGACGCAGGAAACCAACCCUGGUACCAGGACAUGAUGGCGCUGAUCCACCCAGGAAACCUCGGCCAGCACUGCAGAGUGCUGGGAUACCGCCCGCCGCGCAAUCACCGCCGCUAUGCAUACAUGGAGCAGAUCAAGCAGAGUCAGAAGGGGGAGCGGAACAAGCACGGAGGAGGAGGGGGAGGAGGCAGAGGAGGGGGGAGGGAGAGUUGUGGGGAGGAAGAGCAGGAGCAAGCCCCAGCAGAGGGCGCCGAGGAGCGCCUGAAUGUGUUGCACAACGGGAGGGCGGGUUUUCACCGACUUGAACGCACGCACAUUUAUGUUACCAUAGACACACUGGGGCAUACACACACAACACACACACACACACUGUAUGUACAGAGAUGCAUGCAGCCCCCCCCCCCCCCCCCCCCACAAAAAAAAAAAAUCCAUCUGUUUUAGUGACAGACGUUCAUACUGAACUUCAUUCACCUGAAACACACGAGGACACAGAGGACUGUAAAUAAAGACAUAGAAGACUUAAAGUCACACAGCAUGUGGAAUGAAGGAUGAACCGCAUGUGCAAAACCACACGUGGCAUUUCAAAAGUAAAUGAGCAAAUUAAGCAUCAAGUCCUUCAAAACAAACAAAAAAUGGCUGUUUUAAAUGGCAUCUCUGCUUGUUGUUGGUUCCUCAUGAGCCGCUUUCACACUUCAGCUCCCUUUCAGGUGUUCAGAUCAUCAUCAUUAUUAUUAUUAUUAUUAUUAUUAUCAUCAUGUACAACUGUGCAACGGGAUCAUCUCAUGCCCCACAGUAGCCUGUACUCAAGGUUCUGGAAAUGGAGCAAUAUCUCCACCUGCUGGACAUUUACCAUUAAUGUGGGUACAAUACAAUAUCACCAAGAGCUCUAGUAUCUUCAGCUGCACUUUGUCCAACAGCCUUUGAUGCGUCGUACUUGUCUUACUUGCUUUCAUUAUCGUGUUGCAUUACGGCUGCUGCAAAUUUAAUCCAUUCAUUGAGUAUUAUUAGUUUAACUCUGUCACCACCUAAUAUGGAGCCUUUACUCACAUGUGAAAUAAUUCUAUUCCAUCUCUGGUGUGAGACAUGCAAGUCCUAGAGAUGCCAUAUGAGGGAAGCCACCAAAUCAUUGGCAGAUCCAGGUGGUGCGCCUUCAGGAACAGCAGGCGUGGCCCGGCUCUGGUCCUACUCUGGAGCUACCCGUCCUCCUCACAAACAGCCCGUGUUGUUGCUGUUGUCACAUGACUCGUCAUUGGAUCACGACUACAUAAAUGUUUAUCUCAAAUGUCAACAAAACUAUGGAGGAGUCACCAAACAUGGGCAGCUUUGUUAGCUGGUCUGUACCACUUCCAGCCCUUCAGGCUGAUGUGUCAGCCGCCUUCUUAACAUUCCCUGUUUUCAGAGAAAUCCCACAUCAGGCGCCUCUCUACGAGUGUAUCGUCAUGACCCCACAGAUCCAUUAAUAAUCAGCCAUGAAAGAGGGAGAAUUCAUCUGUCUUUAAACCAUUUCUGACCGCUGUGCCCAAACCACCCAGACGUUCUGUAGGAAUCCUACAGGAAUAUUUCUUCAAUGUCAAUCCUGUAGGAUGUCUGUCAGAAACUGGAGUGUCUAAGAAUCUGAUGCAAUUCCUGUGAUGAAUCAGAUUUUUAUGUAGAUUUUUUUGUAGAAAUCCUAUAAAAAUCUGCUGUGUUUCCAGUAGAGAUUCUGUAGAAUCAUGUAGGAUUUUUAAUUCUAUAGAAAUAACCUAGGAUUUUAUUUUUCUAUGGGACUCCUAUAGGAUUCAAAUCAGAUAGGAUUCCUAUUUAGAAAUUUUAGAACCCCUCUUUUCCUAUAGGAAUCCUGUAGAAUCCUGUUGGGUUGUGUUGUUUGAACAUGGUGGUAGGAAGUGAUGAGUGAAGUCGUAUAGGAAUCCUUCCGUAUUUGUACUUGUGUUGAAUUAAAAAUCCUACAGGUGUCCGAUAUGAAAACGAUUGCUCAGUCAACCAGAAAGUACCUUUGAGCAUCGAGGAAUUUGACUUUUCCAUGUCAGCAGAAAGUCUUGUGAAAGCCGUCACGUCUCGCACUGAGCUUUUCUUUAAAACAAACCCAAAUUCAUAACUUCACAGUAUGAUUCUGCAGAAACAGCAAAAUUUCAAACGUCAUCAUACGGAUGACAACAAUGUGUCUCUCCAUGAAGCGUAGUUGAUGGGAAAAAAAUGGUAAUUUUUGAAAAAGUAGCAUGAGGAUCAAAGUGUUGGAGUAAUUUGUUCAAUGUUUUUAUGACUUAAAAUGCAGUUUGAAAGGAAGCAGCUGUGCAGUUACAUCUCUGGUGCUUCAGUUCCUUAUUAGUUCUGGUACUUUUAGUGUGAAAGUGUCUCUUUUUCCUCAUGAGAUUCCAAAACACAAAAAUGUUCAUUUCUGCCUCUGAUCAAUUCAGUUUGGAAAUGUUAAAUUAACACUGCUCUAAGUGCAUGUGGCCCCUUUCAAUACAGUGUUAAAUAAACUCCAUCAUAGUGUAAAUCCAAUCCGUUAUCAUGAAAAUGAACUCUAUCAGUGUUAAAUCAACUCUAUCAUGGGCUAAAUUAAGGCAGAUAGUGUUGACAGCGUUAAUUUAUCACUACUUAUUUGGAAUGGGACCAAGUGCACUCUCAGUAGUUCCCAUGAGCCUCACCAGCACAAUACAAAACAGAAAUUUCAGACGAGUUUGCACUCCAAACUAUUUUAGUUUUAUUCGUGCUGCUUUUAUUUUAUUACUUAAAAAAAAAAAAUAUUAUUAUUUGUUAAUUUUUAGUUAUUAAAUCAUACAUUCACUCAGGUUUUUUUUUUUUUUUUUUUUUUUUUGGUUCGACCACUGAAAAGUAAAAAAUACGAUGAACUAGAAGAGCACCCAGAGGCUCAUCCUUUCACUGAGAAUUCUGAAUUCUUUUUUGUCCAUCUGGUGUUUGUGACAUCAUGAGACAAAAUUGCUAGUGUGAAAUAAAAAAAAUCUUAUGUUAAAGAAAUAGAAGGAAAUGUUUGCAGAUGUCUCACCACCAAAACUGAAUCAGCUGUCCCCUGAUGCAAGUCAAAAUUCAUCCCAUCAGUCAGACAUUUACAAUCACAUAAACUCCGCCUCUUUCUGUCAAAAGCAGCCAAAUAUGAGAUGUCAGAGGAUCCUUGAACACAUCACUGGGAGUUGGAAGCAUGACGGAUCAGACAAAAUACACACGUACACCAAAAUGUGCUGUGUUGUUGAUUCCAGGUCAUUUUAAAAUGUACGGUAAAUGAUUGUAAAGUCGUGUUACUAAAGUGUGAACAUGCUGACAACAGAGUUGCUGCUGAUUCAGAGGACUUUUCAUGCUGUGAGAGGUUUGUGAAUGGCAGAUGACGUGGACAUCCAACGUUUCAAACGGCUCACUAACACCAAGAGCUUUAGCUUCUUCAGAUCACUGCGGUUUGACCGCAACAUGACUGAAGAUGAAAGGCUGGAAAAAUAGCGCCUUUGAUGAGGUCACAGAAAGGCUUUCCAAGAACAUUAACCAUCUGCAGGAGGUUUUCCCCUCAUGCUUUUCCUCUGAGUACAAAUGGCGCAGCAGGUGUGAAAAAAGAAAAGGAAAAGGGGGAAGAGCUGCAGCACAAUGAUGAAAAUGUUCGGUGUUUGUUUUGGACUCACGUGAGUUUGGUUGUAAAUAUUUAGUAAAAAUGUAAAGGUUUAUUUUUGUGUAUAACAAACAAACCUUUGGUGGUUAAAGUUUGUCAAAGAAUGUUUUGCUGCUUUUAAAAUAUCUUUAAUUAUUAUGAUUCACUGUGUUUAAAAUGGUUUUAAUGCAUAUUUUGCUAAUUAAUCAGGUCUUUAAUUUAAUGUGUAGCAGCCAAACUGGUAAUAUUUAGAUUUUUCAGUAUUAAGAGAUGUUUCUGACAGAAAACACAUUUAAAAUUGUCAUUGUGAGUUAAAAAAAAGUAUGCAGUUUUUGGUAUCUAACAGACAAAAAGGUUUAAAGUUUUCUAAAUUCAGCUAAAGAUUUAAAAAUAUCAAACUGCAUCUGAAAUAACUUUACGUGACAUUUGAUAUCACGUGUAGAUGAAAAAAAUAUGUAUGAACCUUGUACAGAAAAUGCAUGUUUCUCAACCUGUGGUUCGGGACUGAAAAUGAACCACUGGUGACUUUUGGUGUUUUGCAGCCAACAAACAGGUGAAAAAAAAAAAAUGCUGUGAGCACGUCUACAUGAGAAAUCUGCUCCCGUCUUCAAUAAAGUCACGUUUAUUAAAGUUGGAA